AUGAGCCCCAAUCUAGAAGAAAGUCUAUCUGAAUACCUUAUAAGAGAACUAAGUAAACAAGGUGAUUUAAUAGAACCGGACAGUCAAUCUAAGUUGUUAUUGGCAUGUACUUAUCAAGAAUUAUUGAAAAAAAUUAUCCUUCGAGCGGCAGCUAUCGCCCGGUUGAAUCAUUCAGCAGAAGUCUUACCAAUCCAUUUAGAAAGGGCUAUGGAGGAAAUUAUGAACAAGUGA